UUUUGACUAUUCUCUUCCUAAAAUUAAUCAAGUUCCGAUUAUUUUUCUAAUCUCAAAUUCGUUUCCCUCUAAACACGUUCUAAAAAGGAAGGUGGGCGUGUUCUAAAAAAGGAAGAAAAUGUUUUUUUCAAAAAAAAUUAAAUUGUUUCUAUGCGUCUUAAACUAAUAAAGUCAAACUUUAAUACAGUUUAUUAUGUUUCAAACCCCGUUUAAUGAGUGUGAAACUCCAUUUACUCGUGACGAAAAUGAAGAACUUAUUAUUCAUGAAGAUACAAAUCGUGCUUUUUUUCAUAAUUAUCCUUCCAACUCAUAUAUUCACGCUGUUAGAAUAUUUGGUGGUAAAAAUUAUUCACAGUCAUACAAUACUGUUGAGUGGACAGAUGAAAAUGGCCAAGUAAAUUCAAGAUAUAGUUUAUCAUCUGCUGGAGCUGUAAUUUCCUUAUUUUUAAAAGAAAUUUGUAACAAGCCAAAUUCGCGUGUUUCUGGAACAAUACUUUUUGGUUUUGAUAUAAGUUUCUUGCAACAGCUUCAUGAAACUAUUGCGCACCAGUUAUAACAACCUAUUAUACCUGCUGUUAAUCAUAAAAGAUCUUAUACUGAUCUUACAUCACGAUCACAAAAGAAUAAACGUAUUUCAAUGGUUGGGAAGGACAUUGCAACACAGACUUUGACAAUUCUUAAUAAAAAUAAAUUUAUUUCACCAUCUGAAGAAAUUAUUGCAACAAUUGAGUCUAUAAUACUAGUAGAAUUACAUUUUGAUUCCGGAGAUACAACUGCUGAUAAUAUACAACAUUUAGAUUCAAUUGUUCGUGCUUGUGAUGAAACAUUGAUUUCACGUGAUGGUUAUCGAAAAUUAGCUCAAGCAGUUCCAAAUUUAA